UGCGACCACCACAGUUUAUCGGUCGUCUAUCGGUUCUCAUGCGUCGAAAAAUAAAGUAAUAGUAUAAAAGUAAUUAAAACUAUGAUUAAUUUGUGCAAUAACUCGUUUUGUAUUCAGUGUACUUGAAGUGAAAACAAAUGCAGUGCAUAAUUUGUACUGCUUUUGCUAUUUUGCCAGUGUUUUGUACAAGUUUUUGAGGGCCUAACACAUUUUUUCAGCAGACGCAUGAAAAAUGGCGGCGUCUUCAGCUACGGCUGAAUGUAAAGAAGAAUGUAAAGAUAAAGAUGACGAUGCAUUAACUACAACGUUACAUUCGUGUGCAAACGAUCCAGAUUUUGCAGUAAUAUGUGCAUUUUUGCAAAAAUUUGCCAAAGAUUUGGGCUUGGCAUUGCCAAAUUUCAAGCAUUUGCAGGAGUGGUUGACAAACAACGAUGAAGUGCCCCAGCUGCGAGAUCUUCACAUUAAACUGUUGCGCAAGACACGAAAAACGGUUCACGAAAAGAGCUGGGAACCAGCGCUGAGUAAAUUCUGUUUCGGCUAUUCCCUGCAGGAUGCCUGGGAGAUUGAACGUUUCGGUUACCGGAAUUCCAGUCUUAAAGUGAAACUACGUAUUCUGCGCGAACUGCUUGAGAGUCAAUUUGAGCGCAAUGCUAAGUUUCGUGCAAAUAUUCAAACCUUAAAUGCGACCACAUUACGUGCCCAGCCCAUUGGACGCGAUCGCUUGGGUCACUCCUAUUGGCUCUCGCAGGAUGGCGAUUGCAAUUUGCGCAUUUAUCAGGAGCAUUUGGACGAGGAGAUAUGGCAGGUGGUGGCCACAAAUCGGGAUGAAUUUGUUAACCUCAUUGCACGACUGCGCGCUAAUGAGGUGGUGCUACCCUCUAAAGAUAUUGGCGAGGCAGAUGAGGAUACCACAAGCAGUAGCAGCAGCAGUCAGGCUGCACCACAGGCAACGGCAACUCUGCCGCAACAAGAGCCACAAGACGAUAAUUCGCACGAAGCGAAAGUGCCCAAUUUGAAGAUAAAGCUACGUACGCCUGAGCAGCAGCAGCAGGAUGAGCAAUCGGAAUCGGAUCUUAAACCCAAGAAGGUCAAGCCCUUGGUCAUUACACAAGGUAAACUGGGUGGAUCACCCGCACCGGCCAAGAAACGGCCUUUGGAGGAUGUGGACAAUAGUCCACCGCUAGCAUCUGAGGAUCCUCAAAAGAAACAGCGACCUACUCUGCUUGACACAAAACGUAUUAAAAAGCCGAGUCGCUAUGAGAGCACUAAGUCCGAAGAUGAUAACGAAGUGGAUUCGGAGGAUUCGGAGCUAGAUGAGGGUGAAGAGGAGGAGGAAGAAGAAUCACUCGAAGGGGAAGAGGAAUCACUUGAUAGUGCUGCUGCCGACGAAGAUGAGAACGAGCAGAAAUUUAACGAAGAGGAGGAAGAGGAAGAAGAUGACGAAGAUAAUGAAGUUGGAGAGCCCAUUGAAGAGCCCACGUUAAUAGUUCGUGGACAUGGAGCUGGUCAAGAAAACCAAGCGUUGCCAGAUGAUGUACUAUAUCUUGGCGCAUUUACGGAUAAGGAAAGUGUUUUGGAUCCCUGGGUUGGUGAAGAAAUCGUCGAAGAAGUCUUCUUUGUGCACGGCUCUGGAAGUGGCGCUGAUUGUCUGGUGGGAAACAAUGGCAACACCGAAACCAACGACGAAGAGGCCACCUCAAAGCCUGAGCCAAAGGCCACAUUCUUUUUUGGCGAGCCGGGUUGUCUGAAACUAAGUCCUAUUAAACAGACGCCAAAGCAGGAAGCGAAAAGAAGCAUAUUCGAUAGCUUGGGCGACUCAGAACGAGAAGCAGAACCCGAGAAAACUAAUGGAGAGAGUCGAAAUAAUGAAAUGGAGAAUGAUAAUGAGAAAAUAACGGUAGUGCUUAACGGCAAUGAGUCGCCGGAACAGGAAGAGCAGCAGGAGCAGCAAGACGAUAAAUUCAACUCUAAUGACAAAAUUAUUGCAGAAGAUGAAACUAACGCUAAUAUAGUCGGAAAAGAAUCAGCAGAAAAACCAGUUGAAAAUGUAACUGAAAAGCCGGAAGAACCAAAACCAAUCUCAAAUGAACAAAAUAAUGUGGAAGAAAAACCUGAAAAGUCAGUAGAGGAAAGCGUCGAACAAGUGUAUAAGGUGAGGGUCAUAGAGACCUCGAAUGAAUCAGUAGAAAUUGUGAAGAAAAUCAUUGAAACGGAAAAGACAGACCAAAAAGAUGAAUCAGAGACAAGAAAAAAGGUUGAAAGCAUCGUGGAAAAAAGCAAAGAUGAUAUCAACUUAAAUAAAAUUAAUCAUGUUGACAAGGAAGAGCCUAAGGAAGAAAUCAUCAAAGAAGCAGCAGCUACCGGUGACAAUGACACAGUACCCAAAGUUGAACCACUUGAGCAAUCAAUAGAAGAGAAUAGCAAACUAAUUUCAAAUGAAACUGAUUCACAGAAAACUUUAUCAGUUCCAAGUUCCUGCGAAUCAGUUAAGGCAACUGGAAAUGGAGCCGAAGCAGCGACAAAUAUUGACAAAUCAAACCCAACUGCGGUUGCGCCUGAAGUUAACGAACAAGCAGAACCUGCUGCGGAAAUCAACAGCAAACCUAAGCUAACGGAAGCAGUACAAAGUGAAUUGCCUAGCACCUCGAAGGUCGUAGUCCCACAAGAUAAUCAAAACAUACAGCCUAAGGAAAGCAAACCUGACGUGAAGCUCGGUGAACCAAAAGAGGCGAAUGAAACUAAAUUAGAAACUCCAGCCGAGAGCCAGAGCAGGAAAACAAUGUUGCUGCCCAAUCGAAAGCGUCGCUUGGCCGACUUUGCAGCGCCUGCUGCACGUCACUCGACAUCCGAGAGCGAGAUUGAUACACACGGCGAGCUGCAGCUGGAGGAUGAGCAUGACGAUGAUGAUUUGGAUAUUGGUGGGAAGCGUCUUAAAAUGCGUCCAAAGAUCACCAAUGUGGAGGUACGGCGCAAAGUGGAAGCGCAGAAGACACAAAUCGAGGAGACAACCUCGUCGAGUGGUGAAGAAGAUGCGCGCAGUCGUCGCAAGAUCAUAGCGCCAAAGCGACACCUCGAGAAGCCCACGCCUGUCAAGCAAAAGCCAACGCUGGCUGAAAUUAUCGAGAAGAAAUUGAAGAAGACCCCAGAGAAACCAAAAGAUGAGCAGCAACAGCAGUCGCCUCUAGUGCCUGAGCCAUCACAGCCAGCUCAGCCGUCGCUCGCGCUUGCUCCUGCCCCUGCGCCUACACCUGCGCAGCCAGUUGGUGAGAUCACGCCGCCUGGGGCUCAGCGAAGUGACCCUGCACCCUUUACACCGCCCAAGAAGUCACCCAUUACGAAGCCACUGAAGAAGAAUCUGCUGACACAAAUACGCCAAGAGGAGAGUGAUGAGGAGGCAACGCCUAGAAAGCGAACCAAUAGCGAAACAGUUGUAGCGAAUUCGGCUACAUCCUCGGCUUCGGCUCCACCUAGCCAAGGUGUUGAGUCCACAUUGCAACGUAAGCGCCGCAGCAGCGAAGACGCAAAGGAGUCCAAGGAGGCGAGCGUCAGCGAAGACUUGCCCGCAAUAAGCGAGAAACACAUGCGUAACAAUGAUCAGCAAUUCCCGCAGGAGGAAUCCGCGACAGCAGUUUCAGACACACAUCACGCCAAGCAGGAAACAACAGCUAAACGGGAAUCACUUUCAGUUUCGCCUCGUUCGGUGAAGCAAGCCUCGCCCCCGCUGGCUAAGCAAUCUGCACCGCUGCCCGUGAAGCAAGCCACACCCCCACCCGUUAAAGAUAUCACGCCUCCUCCUGUUAAGAGGGCAACAUCUUCCCCAGAUAAGGCCGCAACAUCUCCUACAGCUAGGAGAGCAACGUCUCCGCCUGCCAAGAGGGCAACAUCUCCACCGGCUAAGCAAGCCACGCCACCGCCGCCCGCUCCGAAAAAAGAGCCUCAGGCAGGCAAGCAGGCAACGCCACCAACCCCCAAGGAGGAUUCACCACCUCCACCGCCGGUUGAAGCCCAAGGGCGACGCUCGGGACGUCGCGGAGGCACCGCUGUAGUCUACUCGGAGUUGCCGCAACCCAAGCGCACUCGAGGUGUCCCCAAAGAGAAGUCCAGCACUGAAAAUAAGCAGCAUAUCAAAGAGGAUCCACUCAAAAUCGAAGAUGAGCUGGUAGAUGAGAAGCCAGCAACCAAGCCCGUGAAAUCGGCAGCUAAAACAAAGUCGCCGGUCAAAGAGGAACCCAAACCUGAGCCAAAGGAGGAGAAAGAGAAGUCCAAGAGUGAGCCCGUCACCAAACAGGAGCCCAAAACCGAAGAGGAAUCUAAAGCCGAGAAUGACUCCAAAGAGCCGACGGAAAAACCAAAGACUUCGGAGCCUAAAGAGCUGCCCAAACCGGCGACAACGCCUGGAGUAGGACGUGGGCGAGGACCGCGCAAGAAACGUGAGGUGGACACCACCAACAUCAUUGACACCAACGACUCGGAGACGCCAGUGCGUCAAUCCCGUCGCAUAGCACAGCAGAAAAUCAAAGAGGAGGCGGAACGACGAAAAUUGGAGGAAGUGGCAUUGAGGACAAUGAAACAGCAGCUGAAGAACAAAAAGAAGGCCGAAAAGGAGGCUGAUCCCACAGUGCUCGAGCCGUCGGCUGAGUCCGAGUCGUUUGAGUCGGCAAGCGAAGCUGAGGAGACCAAGAAGAAGGUCAAGAAGAAGUGUCCCGGCAAGAAUGGCGGCUGGUCAUCGGACUCCGAGGAGCAGGCCGACAGCGAGGAGGAGGAGGAAGAGCCACCACACUACGAGACCGAUCCCGGCUCACCACUCUUUAAAUCCGAUCAUGAAUUCUCACCCGAAUCGGAAGUAGAGGACGAUGCCCAGGUGGUUCCGAUGAAACGCGCUCGCACACUGCGCAAAGAGAAUGCCGAUGAUGAGGAUAAUGCCGCUGCGGAUGCAGACGAGGCCUGCCAGAAAUGUGGCAAGUCGGAUCACCCCGAGUGGAUACUGCUCUGCGAUACGCCCGGCUGCAACAAAGGCUAUCAUUGUUCCUGCCUCAGUCCCGUGCUCUUCUAUAUACCCGAGGGCGAUUGGCAUUGUCCGCCCUGCCAGCAGGAGCAGCUAAUCGCUGCUCUGGAACAGCAGCUACAGGAAUACGAUGAUCUGGUUGCCCGCAAGCAUCAGGAGAAACUUUUGGCGGAGGAGGCGGAGCGCCAAGCGGUAGCCGCGGCAGCUGCUCGCACUGCCAGUGAGCUGGAGGAACGGUCUAAUUCGAAUGCUCGCAAAAGGAAUGAGGACAAAGACGAUGACGAGGAUGAUGAGGACGAUGACGACGAUGAGGACGAGGACGACGAUGAGGAUGGCGACACGUCCAGCAAGGCCAACAAGCGCGCCAAGGUUGACAAGUCCAAGCGACGACGCGGCGAUGGGCGCAGCAAUCGUCGAGCAGCUAAGCGAGGCACGCGACGUCGUCGCGGAGGCAAGGACGAUGGGUCGGACAGCGCUAGCAGCGCAUCGAAGAGCGGCAAACACUCGGGCGGUGGUGGCGGCGCACGCUCGGGCAGCUCGAGCAGCAGCGGAAGCAGCAGCAGCAACAGCUUUUCCGAUUCGGAUGAUGAGCCCAUUUAUAAGCUACGCAAGCGACGACAGAUCAAUGUCAGCUAUCGCCUGAAUGAAUACGACGAUCUGAUCAAUUCGGCGCUAAAGAAGGAGAUGGACGAGGUGGCCGGAGCUGGUAAUCUGGGCAGGGGCAAGGACAUCAGCACUAUUAUCGAGGCGGACAAGGAGAAAUCGCGACGCGAAGAGGAGGGCGAGCAAUCCGACAAGGAUGAAUCGGAGGUGAAGGCAACAAAACUCGCGUCCGACACGCAGGAUAAAUCAAGCCACGAUGACGACAGCAACGACGACGAUGAUGAGCAGCCGCUGAAAGCUGCUCGACAGCCAAAGGCGAAACCUCAGCCGGCUAAGAAGAAGGCACGCAAGUUGACCACGUUGGAUGUGAGCUCCGAGGAGGAUCAUGGCAGUGAUGAGGAUUUUAAGACUUCCAGUUUCUCCGACGAGGAAAGUUCGCAGUCUGCCUCCGAUGACUCUGACUCCAGUCUGGAGGUCUAUCGGCGGCCUGGCCGAGGUAAAAAGCAGCGCAAGGCGGCACGACGAGCAGCACGCGAGCGUCGCAAGGAUCGCAAAUUUGUGGUGGAUGAGAGCGAUGAGAGUGAAGAAGAGGAGCCGAAACGCUCUAAGAAAUCUCAUAAGAAGAAGAAAGAGGAUUCCGAUUACACGGAAACCGAAACGGACGACGACGAUAACGGGUCGGAGUUGUCGGAGAACAUGGACAGUGCGGACCUGUGCGAUGACACGACCAGCGAGAGCGAGGACGGCGCCUGGCAUCCAUCGAAGCGCAAGAAGGCAGCGGCCAAGAAAUCUUCGGGAGCCAUUGCACGCAAGUCUCCCAAGUUAAAGAAGCCUGUGGUUAAGAAGACCAAGCAGCUUGAGUAUUCCGAUGAUGACAUCAGUGAGAGCGAGGAGGAGGAGGACGAGGAUGAUGAGGAAGUACAGAUUGGCGCCAAUGGGGCACCGAUGUCCGGCAAAGGCUCGGGCAAACAGCCGCGCUCGCAGCCCUUAAAGAAGACGACGUCAACGACGGGCUCGUCGGCGCAGGCGCAGUCGUCUGGCAAGGGCAAGGGCAAAGGCAAGGGCGCCAAGAAGAAGAAGAAGGCAGCUUCCUCGGAUGAGGGCGGCGGCGGUGGCGGCUCCGAUGAACGAACGCGCACACGUGGCCGCCGCUAUGCCUACAUCGAGGACUUUGACGACGACAGCUCCGAUGGUGGCAUCAAGCCAGGAGUACAGCGUCCGGACACACCACCCGAGGAACGGCAGAAGUUUAUCCAGAAGCAGGAGGAAAUCAAACGCAUGCUGGCCGAGAAGAACGCGGAGGGCGCCAAGUUGGCGGCGACGCCACGACUAAUACCCAUCAAGGGAUCAACGGCAGCGGCGACCACGCCGGAGAAGCGCACGCCCACCAAAGCUGCUGCUGCAUCGGGCGCAGGGGAUUCGCUGUCAACGGUGCCGCUGUCUGUGAUACGUCAGGCCAAGGUGCUGGACAUUGACUACCUGCAUCGCAAGGGUGAGGCCAUUGACGAUCUAGACGAUGUGGACUCGGAGCUGGACGACACAGAGCUACCCGAUUUGCCCGAGGACAUGGAGGAUGCGAUUGCACGCAUGGUUGUGGAGCAGUUCAAUUCAGAUGCCGCUGUACGAGAGCUGCCCGCGCCGGACGAAGUGCUGCGCACCACGCCAGCCAAAUCCAAGGUGACCAAACAACCGCCCACCACGCCGGAGCAGUUGCCAAGCGCCUCGGGACUGCAGGAGCCGAUGCGCAAGCGCCUGCCCAUGCCCACAAUGCAUCCGCCGCUGCUGCGCCAUCAGUUCCCAUCACAUGGUCCAGCCGGAGGGCUUCCAGCGUCACUCCUACCUCCACCGCCGGGUGGACAGCAGCAGCAGCAGCAGCAGCCGCAGCAUCCUCCACCGGGCAUGCAUCCAAUGCUGCAGCGCCAUUUGGCACCGCCUCCACAGGCCAUGCAGCUGCUGCAGAGCGCACUCUCCGCUCCCCUGGGCCAGCCCCUAAGUCGUGCGAACUAUGCGCCUGCCCAGCAACAACAACUGCCGGCCAUGCAGCGCCUGCCCCUGGGCAUGUCAAUGCCCGUGGCUGCAGCACAUCUGAUGCAGGCAGCCGCUGCAGCUGCUACGGUACGUGGUCCAGCGUCCGGGACAGGUCCGGCGCCCGAUGCCAAGCCACGUGGUCGUCGAAAAAAGGUGACGCCUCUGCGGGAUCAGCUGCAGAAGCAGCAAACCGCCGCGGCUGUCACAGCAGCCACCUCGUCGGUGGGCGGCGAGAAAGCAGCGCCUUCUGGCAAGGCGCAGCCACCGCCAACGCCUCCCCAGCUGUUCAAGCCCCAUGAAGAUGGCCCAGUUGCCGUGUCCCAGGCUUCCGUAAUCACGCGCAUGCCCAUGUCAUCGCUGCUCCCGCCGGCGCACUCGCGCGUCCCGCCGCCAUCAGCUGGUGCUGGCAUGUAUCCGAGCAGUGCGGAGCUGGCCCGCUUCUAUUCGCAGCCAUUGCCGCCCAGCUCUGCGCUGCGUCCCACGUACGGUGCACCGCCGCCCUUACGAGGCGCACCACCCACGUCCACGGCAUCCAGCAGUGCGCCUAACAGUGCUUCCAAUGCACGUCCGCCACCCUAUAUGCAUGGCCCGGAGCACCAUGGCGGUCCGCCGCCGCCCGGCUCAUUGGCUAGCGUUUAUGGCGCCGGCCCGCCACCGGCUCGUCAUGCCUCGCCGCAUCUGAAUCCUUAUAGAGCACCACCCAUUUAUGGCAAUCCCAACUAUCCACCGCGUGUGGCACCGCCUGGCAGCGCCAAUAUGCGACCUGGCCCCGUGGACUAUGCAGCCGGUGCGCGUGGCUAUCCACCCUAUGGCUAUUAUCCACCAACGCUGGCUACGCCGCCUGCGCACGCGUCUGCGCCCAGUUCAGUGAUUGUCAGUGCGCCGCCACCGCCUGCUGUGACGCCUACAAAUCACUCUGUUUCCGCACUAACGCGUGGCAAAUCACCAGCACCGGCUCCAACAUCAGCACCAGCCCCAACACCACCACCGCCAGCAGCAGCAGCACCCCCACCACCACCAUCAUCAGCAUCAGCUCCAGCUCCGGUGCCAGUUACAAAUGCAACUCAGGCGCCCGCUGUAACUGCACCGCCUGUGUCGGUUCCACCGGCUGCACCACCAGCUACUCUCACAUCGGAGAUGCACAAAUCCUCGGUUAUAACCAGCAAGAAACUCAUCACACUGGAGGCCUACUCCAAUAUCAAAUCUCCGAUGGCUGUGGUCGGAGAUGCCUCAGCCGACUCGCCAGCGCCCAUCGCCGAGGAGGAUUCCAGCUCGGCCCAUGGCAGCAGCAGCGCCGCUGUUGCAGCGCACAGCGCUGGUGGCGGUGUCGGGGAGUUCAGUGGCCUGGUGAGCUACUUCAGCUCCCAGCAGGACGAUUAUGACACAUAACAAACGCCGGCGGCAGCCCAAGCUUGUAUAUAAUGUAGUUGAUUCUAUGAUUUAGAGAUGCUGUGUUGGGAUGUGUGACGUAUGUGACUGUCCUAUGAUGAGAGGGGAUGCGGCUAGUCCCCGUUUUAGGCUAUUUAUUGAAAAUUUCAGUCCCCAACCACACAUACAUACGCACAUAACCAAACCCACAUCCACACCCAUAAACGCAAUUCGAAGUGCAUAUAAAGUAGCGUAAAUAAUGAAACUAUGGUAAAUUUUUGUCAACUCGUUUGUUUAUAAAUUAAAUAUAUAUUUAUUUUAA